GGGACACAGGAGCUAAACACUGGCACUGAGUGACAGUCGCCAGCUCGCAACCAUGGCGUCUAUAGUCUUAAAAUCUCUAUCUGUAUUACUGGGUAUAUUCUUUAUUUUUGUAGGCACAACGAAAUUAACUCCACAGAUCAGCAAGGAACUCCAUAAAGACCUCCGGAAAGAGUUUACCCGCUACAGCAAGGUUUUCCCAUUGGCCCAGACACUCGAGUUCAAGAUCCCCUCAAAGUGGUACCGACGAACUGUGGGUGGCCUCGAAGUGUUCUGUGGAUUCUGUCUUACCUUCAUCCCUUCCAAACGAAUAAAGCAAUCAGCCAACCUGGUGUUAGCAGUAAUGAUGCUGUUUGCCACAUACAAUCACUGGAUGGUCGGGGACAAGUUUGAAAGACUAGCUCCUUCCCUGGUGUUCUUCUUCAUGCUGACGUGCAGACUGAUCGUGGAGUAUCAGAUACGCAGGAAGGAGAAGGUGGACAAACUGGCCCCCAAAAAGGCAUCCGGCACCGAUACGAAAGAGGCUGCCAACGCUACUGCCACUACUUCUACCACUGUCCAACACAAUAAGCUCAAGAAGGAUCUCUAGUUUCUUGCCUCGUUCUGUUAUAAGACUAAAUUUGGGUUGCUUUGAAAUGGUCUUUUUGAUGGAAUGUAGAAACCUUACCUUUGCUGCCAAAAUGGUACCAUAAGCUAAUGACCUGGAAAUGUAUUUGGGAUUUCUGUAUAUCUAAAUUAUGUAUCUUGGAAGAAAGUGCUUUAAUUUUUGAAAAAAAAAUAUUUUGAAAAUAAAAUAGAUCAAUAAAAGACUGGAAUUAUGAACAAGAAUAUCAAAAGAAAAUGAAGCUGACAUGAAAUAUUGAACUACAGUAUUCAGAAUCAGAGCUGUAUAUAUAUAUAAAAUUAGCUAGGUAGAAAUAUUUCAAGUGUAAAUAAUAACUUUUGUUGAUAUGUCAGCUCAUCAGUGUGCUCAACCUAUGACAGUAUUAGCAUCACAACCAGCUUCAAAAAGUACCAAAGAUUACCUCGUUACAAUGCCAAUACUAGAUAUUUAUAUAUAUAUAUAUAUAUAUAUAUAUAUAUAUAUAUAUAUAUAUAUAUAUAUAUAUAUAUAUAUAUAUAUAUAUAUAUAUAUAUAUAUAUAUAUAUAUAUAUAUAUAUAUAUAUAUAUAUAUAUAUAUAUAUAUAUAUAUAUUCACGUAGCGAUUUGAAACCACUCGUAACACAAUUAUGUACCGUACUCAAUGUUUGUUUCCACUCAUAACAUUGUAUUUUUAAACCAUGCACACAUACAUAUGGAUUUUAAGAUAUGUAAUGUUGUUAAUGAGUUAGUACUGUACUAGCAAUUUGAUUUAUUGAGAUUCUUAAGUCUGCAAAUGUCUUGUUCUUAAAAAAAAAUAUAAAUGCUGCAAGUAACAUGAGGAACAUAAAAAGAUAAUUAAACUCAACAUCAUUAAUAUAUGCUGGUAAUAUCACACCAAGACAUUGUCAGUAAAGGAAUCUGUAUUGUACUAUCAUCACAUUAAUCUUAUGUUUAUAUGAUACGUAAUGUUAAAAGAGUGCACAGUUUCAUUUUCAGUGAUAUUUUCUUGUUUAGAUUUGUGGUCCAGAGUGAAGAGAAACAACUUAUUAAUAGCCAGUUGCAGAAAAUUGUGAGUGCAAGGAUCGCAUAAAAGGUUCGAUUUAUAUGUAACAAACAUUCCAGGUGUUUGAAAAAUGGAUAUGACUUCCUUUAAGACCCUAAAUGAUGGGAUUGAUGUUGCUAUAUUGUUUCUGUUAAUAGCAUCUGGGAAGUACAGUAUUAGACAAGAACAUGAAGCUACGAGUACAGUAAUUUUGUUUUCAUAAAUGGGAAUCAAGGAUAUUUAAUGGACUACUCACUGGCCUUACCAUCAUUUGUCCUAAUUUGUAACUGGUCUCUGGCAUAGUAUGUCUUAACUGGUCUCUUAUCAUGGUAUACUUUAAUUGGUCACUUGCAUUAUGGGUUCUAGCUGGUUACUGGUAUGUUGUGUCCUAGGUAACUGGUUUCUGGCUCAGUGUGACUGACCUGGUCUCUGUCAUGGUAUUUACCAAGUGAUGACUUUCUAUUGUGAGUCUUAGCUGGUCAUUGGCUGAGUGUAUCCUACUAGUCUCCAGAGCAUUAUGUCCUUAGUGGUCUAUACCAUUGUGUUGUAACUGCAGACAAGGUGUAUUCCAACUAGUCAUAAUGUCUAAAUUGGUGAUUGUAGUGCUGAACCAACAUCGUGUCCUGAGAGUCAUUUUCUUUUACUCUUGAUUUUCAGGAAUUGAGAAUGUUCAGGUGUGAGUGGUGGUGUAGCAAGACGAAGACCUCUGUGCUGGCGUCAGUGUUGCUUUAAUCAAACGUUAGUGUAUUUAAUCUGUAUCUUCCAGUCUUAUUCUUUACUUUAUCCAACACACGUUGAGGAAUUAUGUGAAAUAUGCCUUAUAUGAAGUGGUUGAUUAAGACUAAAUGGUGGUAAUAUGUUUAUGUAACAGGUGAGUCAUGUUCACUCUUCAGAAUUUGUUGUUUUCUGCAAAUUGUUCUAUUCAGAAUAGUAGGUCAUUCAUAGGCUUCUUUACAAUCUCACCUGUUUAUUCAUUCAUGAGAAUGCCAGUUUACAUCUUGUACACUUCAGCAGAAAGUUUCUGUGCCUCAAACACAUUCACAAAUUUUACUGUAUUAAAUGUUAUAUGUAAUUUUUAUUACAUGGAUAGUUUGUCAUUUGUAUAUGAUUGGCCAAACAUAUUCAAUAAUGUUUGUGUGUACAUUUGUGUACAUGUUUGUAUGCAUAUUAUGUCCAGUUGAUUAGCUGGUGGCAUUAGUACCACUGGGAUGAACUAUCUGUGGUGAAGAGGCAUUUUUCUGGACACACAUAGUACAUAUAGGUUCAGCUGUACGAUUGAAGUACUGUAAAGAAAAUGAUUUGUCAAUCAAGCUUUGCCCACUUUUGAUAUCCAUAGCAACCAUAGCAGUUCAUAAAAGUUGAUUACAGUACUGUAUGUGAAUCCAAAUGGUCAUACUGCUGUCUCGGUGAAUUCAUCAUAAUUUUUCUUCAUUUUCAUUGUUAUAUAUACGAGUAAUCUAAAAAAAAUUAAGUUGUACUUGGAAUUAUUACUCUAUCACAAGUUGGAUUUUUGUUGUAUUAGAUAUUAAAAUGAAAAAAAAUCUAUGGAUUUCCCAAUAUGGUAGCAGUUAACUUAUAUGAAUUCUUACAUACUGUACUUACUUAGUCUUAUAAGUAGUUAUUUCUAUUCUUUGUUGUUACUCUGUUACCUCCUUGAUUGUCCUUUUUGCCACCUUUAAGCUUCUAACUUGUUCAGGUGGUUGAUCAUUUGUCUGUUGUUAGAGAAACCAAAAGGGGCUGUAGUUAAGUUGAUAGGUCAGUUACCCAUGUUCAGAUAUUCAUGUACCGUUUAUUAUAUAAUGCUACAGUAUUAUAGUUUGCUCCUCUUGUCCCAAGUUUUAUGGGCACUUAAUAUUUUCCAGAUGCAAACCUUUGUAAAUAAGAACUGUCUCCUUGUAUAAGUGAUAACAUUUGAGUGUAGAGAGGAGCGCUGUGGUGUCUCCUCAUGUCAAUCACUCCUGUAGUGUUCACUGCAGGAGAUUAUAUUUGGGAGAUAGACUUUGUUUUGGUAGAGCCAAGGAGUUUCUCUGCUUUUAUAAAAUGUGUAGGAGAUAAAUGAAGAUUUAUAUGUUCAAAGUAUUAUGCAGUGUCACAUGUUUAUAUAAUCUAAAUACAAAUGAUUAAUGAGCAAACACAUUAAAAACGAGAUUUCAUAUAGGUACCAGUGGACGUGUCAAAAUUUCAAGAGUAAAUUUUUUUCCUAAUUAUGUCAAAAGUAUAGUCCCACCAAAAAUUUAAGUCAAAAUUAAAAUGUUCAGUGCAUUGAGUAGGAUGUUGCAGCAUAACACCUUACAAAAAUAAUAUAUAAAAGCUUUGACGUUAAUAUGACACCUGCCGUAAUGCACAGGUUUACCCGGUAGUAUUAAUCGUAGUCACGUACUGCACUGCAACCAUGUAAUUGAUAUCACUGAAUGAAGGUCAACAGUACAGUAUUAGUAUGGUGUUAUCUGGUGUUGUAAGAGAAUUUGCCCGUGCUACCAAAUGACUUGUCUUGUGGUGUCCCUCAUUCACUGUUGAUAUAAAUGUGUUGAUGCUUGUGGAAGGAUAGCCGUAACGAGAAGAUUUUCACUGCUACAGUAUUUCUAUUUUUCUAAAACUUCCUGAGCUGUUCUGCUUUAUCUGUACAUUAUUAGGAACACUUAGUGAUUAGCCCCUUAGCUUAUUUUACUUGAUUGAACGGCAACACUAACCUGACGUAACUAGAAUAAUCAAACCUAACCUAACCCCUCCUAGGUAGCAUAAGGGUAUUUAAUCAUCAGGUCAAAUAAGCUAGAGGGGGCCUAAUAUUCAGGUGAUCUAUUUAUUUAUAUAAUUAUUUAAAGUGUUUGUGUUUUUUUAUUGUAUUGGUGUUUUACAUUUAUUUAUUUUUCUGUUUUUGUCUCACAUCAAGAUGUCAUGAUAUCAUUUGAGAAAACUAUUGUUACGUUUUCUUUCAUCUGUAAUGCUGUUAAAUCUUUCUUGGCUUGGCUAGAGUGAAACCCCAGUCUGAACCUCCUCUGCAUCAUCCUUGGCUAAGUUGAACCCCUCCACCCCCAAGUUGAGUCUCCUAUGGGCUAUGUUGAACUCUCCCCAAAUUUGAACCUCCUGUGGACUAUUUUGAACCCUCUCCCCCAACUUGAGUCUCCUUUGGGCUAUGUUGAACCCAGUUUCAUUCUUGAGCCUGAUUGAAUCCUGUUGGCUGUAUUUCCAGGUUGAGUGAGUCAGUUGAGUAUAAGAGCCACAGGUUUAAUCUUUUGGCUUGAUUGAACCUGGGAUUGAACCUCUGUUAGUAAGAGUGAAUUUGGAAUUGAACAUCAGUUGAAAUGAUAAUGGGACUGAACCUCCCUGUUGGUUAGACUGAACCCUGGAUUAAACUUAUGUUGACUGGCUGAGCUUCGGAUUGAACCUCAUUUUUGGCUCAACUGAGCAUUGCAUUGAUUUGCUGCAAGCUAGAAUUGAACCUCCCUCUUGGUUAAGCCAGACCUUGAACCUCUGUUAGUUUCGAUGAAUUGGACCUAUUGGCUAAAAUGAAUCUAGAAUUGAACAUCCCUGUUGACUAGGCUGAAUCCUGGAAUGAACCUCUUAGCUAAAGAACAUUUUGGCUAAGUUGAAUAUUGAACCGGUGUUAGCUAAAUUGAACCUUGGAUUAAACUUCAGUUGGCUAGGUUGAACCUUCCUGUUGACUAAACCUUGGAUUGAACUUCCUCUUGGCAAAAGCUUUGAUUAAACUUCCGUGUUGACCAGGCUAAGGCUGGCUUCACACUGAACUGUCACGACACGACUCCACCAGUCAUGUCUGGUGCAAACAAAAAUGAAGGAUUUAGAUGAAGCCGUUUCACACUGACCGGACACAAUGCGACGUGACAAAAACACCAACUGUCAUGCCUGGUGCUGUCUGGCUGCUCUUUAUUAGGGCCAGUCAAGUUCCAUACUCCAAAAUGUGAAGAUGGAGGGCAAUUUAUAACUUCACUAUGAAGGAUCACAGCAAUAGAGGAGUUGUGGAUAAGCUUUGGGAGGGAAUUUCAAAUGAUCUGAAGAUCACCAGUAAGUAAUAGCUAUAUAAUUUAUAAACUGUAUACAGAAGCCGCAGGUCCAGAAAACUGUGAGAGCAAACUUUUUCAGAGUGAGUUGUGAUCUCUUGGAACAAUCUACCAGAAAAUGUUGUGAUGGCACCGUGUGUAAGCUCUUUCAAGACCAGACUUGAUCAACGCUGGAGCAGGUUCAGGUGCCGGUGCAUGCCCAGUACUUGCCAACAAUGCGAAACGAGACGUGACCGAUCGCCGAAGCGGCUAACGAGCUGAUCAGUGAUGAGGAUAAAAGUUUUAAAAGGGAUAUAUAAGUAUAUUUGCCAAGGGCCUAGCUGAGAUACAGUAGAAUAAAUAUAUGUCUGCAUUGCCAUUCUUGACUACUACUUUCGUGUUGUGUUGUGUCGUGACAGCUCAGUGUGAAACCCGCUGAAACCUUAGAUUAAACCUCCCUGUUGAAUAGGCUAAAUCUUACACAGUAGUGAACAUUCCUGUUGACUAAGCAAAACCUUGGAUUAAACCUCCCUGUUGACUAAACUAAACCCUAGAUUAAACCUCCCUGUUGACUAAGCUAAACCUUAGAUUAAACUUCCCUGUUGACUAAGCUAAACCGUAGAUUAAACCUCUCCUUCAUUGAACCUCCCAUUGGUAAGUUUAUGAUACCGCUGCUGGAUGGCCAUGAAACAGGUCACUUGAUUGCAUGGUGUCAGUCCUCUCCUGUUUACUAUUCUCCAAUUGGCUGAGAUUAGAGCAGCUGCCUGAGGUGGGAUUGUUCGAUCACCCAAACUGAAAUCUACCUUCCCCUAACCUAACCAACCAAAUAUUUUCUAAGUUAAUUAAUUUAACCUAAGCUAACUUUCUUUUAAUCCAACUCUGGUGUACCUUAAACCUAACUUAACCCAAUUCCACUCUAAUCUGAUCUAACCAAACCUAAACUUAUUCCUAACCAAACUGAUGCACCCAAAUACUGUCGCCUAAAUCAGUAUUAUUCCAUCUUACCUACUCCCUACCUCAUCCUUACCCUAAUAUAAUAAAACCAUUUUUACCUAACCUUCCUUACCUAAUAUUUUUUACCCACACUCAACUUAACCAUAUCAAACCUUGCCAAUGCCCAACCUAACCUACCCUAAGCUUCGUAUAAUCGAACCCUACCCUAAACUUCAUCUAAUCUAACUCAACCCUGGUUUAACCUAUUCAAACCCUCAUAUUUAGGGUGGCAAGGUGGGUCUGGGGAUCCUGUGUCCCAGCUGAGUCGGGUGUUGGAAGCUCAGAAGGUGGAUGGCUGUCACUACUAUGUCUCAAAUGCAUUUAUUCUCCGUUUUCACAUUGUCUGUUAACUAAAGUUAUAAGAUAAAGGAUUUCUAAUAUA